GAUGGUCCACCGCACCCACUGGAAGCUUAAGGCUGCCUGGAGAGCUGGAGCAUCUCUGUUUUGUUCCCCCACCUCCCCAGCAUCAGUGAACAAAAAGAAGCAUAGCCAAAGCCUUAUGUUGACCUUUUGAGCAGACAUGGGAUGCAGGAGGGGAGGAAUUGGUCAUCCAUCGCUGAGUUAGCUGACUGGGGCUUUUUAAAUUCAACACUACAUCCAACACUAUGGCUAAGCAGUACGAUGUGCUCUUCCGACUCCUGCUGCUCGGAGAUUCUGGGGUUGGGAAAACAUGUUUGCUUUGCAGAUUCACGGACAACGAAUUUCACCCGUCUCACAUCUCCACCAUCGGAGUCGACUUCAAAAUGAAGACGCUAGUAAUAGAUGGUAUCAAAGUACGGAUACAGAUAUGGGACACUGCAGGCCAAGAAAGAUACCAGACCAUCACUAAGCAGUACUACAGACGAGCCCAGGGAAUCUUCCUGGUGUAUGAUAUCACGAGUGAGCGAUCCUUCCAACACAUCAUGAAGUGGGCCAGUGAUGUGGAUGAGUAUGCCCCUGACAAGGUCCAGAAGAUCCUUGUAGGGAACAAGUCGGAUGAUGUGGACAAGAGGCAGGUGGCCACAGAGCAAGGUAUCAAGCUGGCUAAGGCUUAUGGAAUGGACUUCUUUGAGACAAGUGCCUUCACCAACCAUAAUAUAACAGAGACUUUCACACGAUUGGCUGAACAGGUGCUGGCAGCCAAUAAAAAGGACCUGGAUCUUCUCCGGAUGUCCAUUAAUGACGAGAUUAAUCUUGCUGCUCUGGAGGAAGAGGAAGGACUCUGUGACAGUGCAGUGGGCGACCAAGGCAAAGAGUCCAGUGGAGAUGCCAUUUCUUUCCCCCCCCCCCUCAGACUUAACAAGGGACAAGCAAGAGUUUUGCAUGCGAUCCACUCUUCUUUCCUUUCUUUUAUUGCAACUUCAAUGAAGUUAAUAAUCAACUGACCGUAAUACAAGUAUAGCAUUUGACCAGAGUUGCCUGUUGUAGACUUACAGAAUAACCAUCACUGGAUGACAUUGGCUACAUUUUUUGCAACUUAGUAAAACUAAAUGCUACUCAAAACAAUUGUUAAUCUGUGCACCGUGUGAAAUGGCAAUAUGUGAAUGAUGUUCUGGACUAAGCUCUAGAUACACAAUGUAUCUGUGUUGUUUUCAAGAACUGCCUUUUUUCUUUCUUUAAGACUACUUCAACUUGUAUUUGUGGAAAUAUAUUACAUGCAACAUGUAAAAUGCAACAUGUUAUUCUUGGAGAAAAGAUGUCAGAUGUUUAUGAGUAAAUACUUGCAGAUAUAUGA